UUGUGAGGGAAUAGGGGAUUGUGCAAUGGUAGAUCAAACUCAGUUUAAUUUCGAGUGUUUGGAAAAAAGGAAAACAUGGGAAAAGAAUCCAGGGGGAGAGAGAAGAAACAAGAAAGCAAAUGGAGUUAGAAUUGCAAUUCCUUUGGAUGAUAUCUUACAAACUAAGGGAAUGUGUCGUAAAGAUGUUGCAAAUCAUCUCAAAGCAUCUCUAAACUGAAGAGUUCUUGUCGGGAGUAUGGAAUCCUCAGAUGGCCACCUCACAAUGAACACAAACUUAUCCGGCAAUCUCUCCCUAAAGAAACUCCCGUGGUUGUCGAUCAAGAGGGAAUCCCACAGUUGACUUCUCAUACUGUGCCUUCUAAUCAAGCCUUGACGGCUACUGUUGACACAAAUAGUGUUGUUGAAAAGGAAAUUCCGCCACUUCAGUUUUUGCCUACAGCUCAACAAAAGAACCUUGGUGCGGGUUUUGGCAACGAUGAAGCUGAAGCAAUUGGAGUGGGGGUUGAGGGAACAUGGGAGGCUAUAAUGGAAGAGGCCCAAUUGAAUUCAGGGUGUUUGGGAAAAAAAGGGAAAAGGAAGGUAAAUACCCCAGGAGGAAAGAGAUCGAGGUAACAACAGAACUACUGGAGUUAGAAUUGCAAUUUCAAAGGAAGAUAUCUUACAAACUAAGGGAAUGCGUCUUAUAGAUGCUGCGAAGCAUCUCGAAGUUAGCAAAUCUACGCUUAAGCGAGUAUGUCAAGAGUAUGAUAUCUACAGAUGGCCACCACGCAAGAAACAAGAACUUAUCGGUCAAUCUCGCCCCAAAAAAUCUCCCACGGAUGUUGAUCAAGAGCAAAUCCUUCAAUUGAAUCCUGAUACGUUGUUGUCUUCUAAUCAAGUCCCGGCUACUAGUGAUACAUAUAGUGUGAAGGUAAAGGUAAGGUGUGAAGAAGGAACAAUAAUGUUUCGGUUGUCUAGUCCAUCGAGAAAGGUAGAGCUGGAACAAGAAGUGAAAAAGAGGCUGUCAUUCGAGGAUGGCACUUAUAACAUCAAUUACAAAGAUGAGGAUGAGGAGUUGAUUUUAAUAAAUUGCGAUGAGGAUUUAGAGGAAUAUAUCUCCAGUUCCAGCGCGGGGGCAGCCGUUUGAUUGAGCUAUUUCUUAAACUAACGUAGCUCAUGAAUUUCGCUUGGCCAACUUGAAUCUUGGUACUGGAGCAU